AUGUCGAGGACAUNUCGUGCACUUUCCGCCUUUGCGGCACGAACAGCAAUUGUGCGCCGGAGCCACUGCCGUGUCGCCACCACCACCACCACCUCAACAGCAACAACAGCAGCAACAGCAGCCACAACAACACUGUGGGGCAACGGGCCUGCGUCUCUGCAGGACAAAUCCCCAGUCGAUGUCGAGGACAUGUUUGGUCUCAUGGAGGAAGAAGAGGGCGGUGACGUGGUGGGUGACACUGCAGCACGCCUAACGAGCAGCACGCACGCCGUCGACGGGAGUUUCUUUGCCUGGGGAGAGGGGGAGGACGCCAGUAGCAGCAUCGCAGAAGCUUCGCGUGACCUGUGUCUGGAGAGCGUCAUGAACGCCGCCCUGGAUGAGCCGCUCGCCGCUGACGUGUCCUGCAGUCUGACGGAGGCCCGCCGCGGCAGUAACGACUCUGAGGGGGGAGGUCUUGUUGUGGAUGACCCAGGUGGUGGAGGGGGGGAGGCGGCGGCAAGUCGCAUCGAUGACCUCGCUGCUGCCGCCCAAGUGGUGGGUGGCGGUGAUGAUGUGGCUGCGGACAAGCCAGACGAGCCCCGUGGCAACAAUGUCAAGAACGAUGCCAGCAGCGACGGUGAGGACGAUGAGGAAGACGUGUCAAGCAUCAUUGCAGAGGAGGAGGAGGAGGAGGAGCAGGUAGAGCAGCUGCUGCGCGCCAGCCUGACGGCCGAGUCGGUCGCCGCCGCCACCGCACUCUUCUUUAAAGGCAAACCGCACACGGUGAAAUCUGCAACGGCAACAACAACAUCAUCAUCAUCAGCACUGCCGUCAUUUGACGAUGCGGCGGCGGAGGGCGCGGAGUUGGAGUCCGUUGGCGAGGCCAUGCCGUCGCCGCGGCGCUUCUAG